CUUUACGGUAAAGUGUGCGAUCCAGAGUAUUCUGUCGAAAAGGGAAUAUAUUUGUAUUUGUAUUCUGCUGUGAAUUUGCAGCUUACAGAAACUGAAGAUGAUUGAGGUGGUUUGCAACGAUCGCCUGGGCAAAAAAGUCCGGGUUAAAUGCAACUCUGAAGAUACGAUUGGAGAUCUGAAGAAGCUCAUUGCCGCCCAGACAGGAACACGAUUUGACAAAAUUGUUUUAAAGAAAUGGUAUACCAUAUUCAAGGACCACGUAACCCUGGGAGACUAUGAAAUCCACGAUGGGAUGAACCUGGAGCUGUACUACCAGUAGAGGACCUCGAGUCAAUAACGCAGAGAUGACUCUUCCAUGAUACACACACACACACACACACACACGGGAUCAGUCGCAGGAAACAACCAUGAUCAGACAACACAACUGAAAGAGGAGCCGGAUCUUGAGAGCAGAAAACACACACACCAUUUUAGAUUAUGAUUUUUGCCCAUAAAUUGACCGAAAGUCAUGUUGUUGUUCCACAGUUUUUGUUUUGAUAUUUUUGAAUAAAAGGAUGUUUAUACCUAU